AUGAGUAUUGCUAGUGUAGUUGCUAAAGGAUCUAAAAAAAGAGCCAUUGCCCAAUGUAUCUGUACUAAGUCAGAUAAGCACGAAGUAAUCGUUAAUAAUAGGCCUUUUGCUUUAAUGCAGCCACAAAUGUUGCGAUCUAAAGUUAUGGAAGUCUUUAUGUUAUUAGACCGGAAGUAUUAUGAGAACUUAGCCUUUAAAGUAUCAGUACGUGGUGGUGGUGACGUCACUAGAAUGUACGCUAUUAGACAAUCUAUUGCUAAGGGUUUAUUAGCCUUUUAUGGUAAGUUUAUUGAUGAGCAAGUGCAAAGUGAGCUUAAGGCAGUGAUUGCUAAGUACGACCGGUUUAUGUUGGUGGCCGAUUCAAGGCGUAAGGAGCCAAAGAAGGCGGGAGGACCUGGUGCUCGUGCGAGAUACCAGAAGUCGUACCGAUAA